AUGAUCAUGGAACGGUGGCGGGUGAUUUUGGCUGUUGAAUGCAUCUUUAUCUGUAUGUCCAACCAGUUUUUACUUCAGAAGAGAUGGUGUGUAUUCCAAGUGAACAGAACGACAAAUACACAACAGAACUACAAAUACACGACUGUUGGCAAUGUGAGUGGCUCAGUGCAGGUCUGUGAGAACACCCACUGCUGUGUGGGAUAUUUUCUGAUCAUCAACGGCCGGCCAGAGGUCGACGUCCUUGCUUGUGAUGUGGCUGAAAAGUCUUGCCCAGAUGCAACCUGCAAAGCACAAACACUGCUUAACAGUCACGUCAUUAAAUGUGUUUGCAACACUGACCUCUGCAAUAGCAACGUCACUUGGGCCCCUCACUCAGAGCAGCCUCGACUCACCUCCUCUUAUUCUGAAGGGGAAUUCAUUAAAGUUGGUAUAAUGAUUCUGAUUGGAACUUUGCUCGUCCUGUGCUUCAUGAUCACUGCUGCCAAAUGCCUCUUCAGAAACAAAAAGGAGAAUCAACAAGCCUGCCCUCGUGAUUAUAGUGUCUCAACGCUGUGUUCCUGCCAAACAACAAAAACCUCUGAGAUUGAUGUAGACGACAUUGAACUACAGCGGAUUGUGGGCUGUGGGUAUUUUGCAACUGUUUGCCAGGGGAAAUACCAAGGAUCCAUGGUGGCUGUGAAAGUUUUCCCUGCAGGCUGGGAACAUAAAUUUACUGCAGAGAAGGAGGUUUAUGAGCUACCACUGAUGAAGCAUGCUGGGAUUCUCCACUUCCUGGGCACUGGGAGGAAACCGGAUGGUAGUUGGCUCAUUCUUUUGCAGUUUGCUGAACAUGGUUCUCUCCAUUCCUUUCUGUGUGAACACACCACCAACUGGAUGCUGUCACUGAAGUUGUGCCAGUCUUUAUCGCAGGGACUUUCCUAUCUCCACUCUGACCUUCGCAACUAUGAUGAGCAUAAACCGCCUGUGGCCCAUGGAGACCUCAGCAGCUCCAAUGUGCUUGUGAGAGCUGAUGGCACCUGUGUCCUGUGUGAUUUUGGAUGCUCCACCAUCUUGCGUUCUUGCUCAGGUCCUCACAGCUGGCAGAGCAGCACGGCAAACAUGGGUCAUCCUCAGUUGGGCACACUGUGCUACAUGCCCCCUGAGUUCCUGGAAGGCUCUGUAAACCUCGGCAGCAGCUUGUGUCUCAUGCAGGGGGACAUCUAUGCUUUGGGAUUGCUUCUGUGGGAGAUCUGGAUGCGCUGCUCUGACUUAUUUGAAGGCAGUAUUGUUCCAGAGCAUCUGUUACCUUAUGAAUCUGAGCUGGGAGGUAAUGUAACACUGGAGAGUCUCAUCACGUACGUGUCUAACAUGGACAAGAGACUCUCCAUACCUGAACACUGGGGGCUGUUACCACAGGGAUCUGCACUACAGGAGCUCCUGACCGAUUGCUGGGACUGUGACCCGGAUGCUCGACUGACAGCUCAGUGUGUUGCAGACAGAUUAGUCUCUCUUCAGUCUUGUUUCUCUCCAUGACUUUUCUUUUUUUUCCUCCAGGUUAACAUUGCUGUAGUCUACACAUUAGGCAUUUGCAUUAUUCUCUUUGUGCCACUACUUUUAUCAGAGUUUUUAAUCAGAAGGAUCUAUUACUCGCUUUCCUUCCAUUAGGUACUUACAAUUUUGUUAAUAAAUUUGAA